UAAGCUUUCGAAACAGUCCGAUCAACGGUGCUAGGGCAGAUUGUUCGGGUCUCGGCGACUGAGAAUGGAGUGCGUAGUUCAGGGAAUUAUCGAGACGCAACAUGUUGAGGCUCUUGAGAUUCUACUUCACGGACUUUGUGGUGUUCGUAAAGAAAGGCUAUGCAUACAUGAAUUAUGCCUCAAAAGCGUUGCAAACCUAGGGUUAGUGUCGUCGGAAAUUCGCCUCAUAUGUGAUCUUGAACAAUCUGAACCCACAUGGACUGUUCGACAUGUGGGUGGUGCAAUGAGAGGUGCUGUUGCUGAUCAGAUCUCAGUCCUGGUGAGGCCUGUGGUGGAAAGUAAGGUGAGCAAGAAUGCACUCCGGAUUCUUAAUUCACUUGGCUAUAAACUAGACCACGAGCUCUUGAGAGUUGGUUUUGCCUUCCAUUUCCAAAGAGGUGCCCAGAUAACUGUCACGGUGUCAUCUAUAAAUAAGAUGCUGAAGCUGCAUGCCACAGACGAGGCUGUACCUGUAACACCGGGCAUACAGCUAGUCGAAGUGACAGCACCCUCAUCAUCCGAAAACUACUCAGAAGUUGCUGCUGCUGUAUCAUCAUUUUGUGAAUAUCUUGCACCGCUCCUCCAUUUGUCAAAACCAGGCAACUCAACAGGGGUGGUUCCUACCGCCGCCGCAGCUGCUGCAUCUCUGAUAUCAGAUGGCGGAGGCACAAAACUGUAGUGCCCGCAGAUAUACAAUCAAAAGAAGCUUUAAUUUCAUUGCCACAAAAUUCCCAACAGCAAAUGCCUAUUUGAAUGAACAGAUCAGAUAGUUUUGUGAGAGAGCACAAAUACCAUUUUAUGGGACGUGUACUAUUUUCUAUCGAUCUUAUAUGUAAAAUACUAUAUUUUGUUCAAAAGUAUUACAUGUAUGUUUUACAUAAAUUUGUAGAUA